AUGGAUUCGUCUGAGGAGUCCAUCCUGUGUGUCAAGGAGGGCAAUAUCGCUACUAUUGUCCUGAACAAGCCCCAGAAACUGAAUGCCGUCACAAGAAAGGAGCUGCAACGAAUCACUACGCUCCUCCACGAGAUUGCCGACGACAAAAACAUUUUCAUCACCGUCAUUACAGGUAGCGGGCGCUUCUUUUCUGCCGGGCUCGAUGUUGGGGCAAUUGACCCUACCCUCCAGCAAGAGAGAGGCGAUAUCCUCGGAGACUUCGUCAAGAACAACUUCAGCAUAAGCCAGGCCUUCUACAGGCACCCCAAGAUCUUGGUGGGCGCUCUGAAUGGGCCGGUGGUCGGCCUUCCUGCAGCGUUGGUCGGCUUCUGCGACUUCGUGUAUGCCACUCCGCACACUUUUCUCUUGACGCCCUUCUCUUCCCUGGGCCUGGUGACCGAGGGCGUUGCGUCGAUGUGUCUCGUGGCGCGCAUGGGGAUUUCCAAGGCAAAUGAGGCUCUUAUUAUGUCUCGAAAGAUACCGUGUGACGAAUUGGUCUCAACUGGGUUCGUGAACAAGGUGUUUUCGGGCAAGGAUCAGAAGGAUAGCACAGGGUUUUUGAACCAGGUCAAGGCGGAGAUUGAGGACAAAUUAGGCCAUCAUUUAAACCGCGAGAGUCUCCUCAGGAUCAAGAGCCUGAUCCGAAGGCCAUCUCUAGACGCUCUUGAUGCCCAAAACAUCUGCGAGUCAAUGGAAGGAACCGGGAGGUUUCUGCAAGGCGCUCCCCAGGAGGAGUUUAGAAGGAUUGCAAGCGGAGAGAAAAGACACAAAUUAUAG